AUGCCGCUUCUCGACUCCCACCUAGAGCAGAUUGCACUCUCUUCAAGUGCGAUUGCAGAACUGCCGUUUCCAGCGCCCCGCAAAUUCACAAACGCGUUGCUGGGCUCUCAUGAUAUUACCGCUUUGAUACGAGAUACCGAAGCCCAUGAAAGAGCCCUCUUUCAAGUAGAUCCAUCCGCCAAGGCUCAUGGGUCACGACGUGCCACCCGACGCGCGACAACCUUCUCCGCUGAGUCCGAGAACGAAUCUAUGGCCACUCGAAUCUACUCGGCGCGGAACAAUCGCAACCAGUCGGCAGUGGCGCGUGUACUAGGAUCGGACAUGAUGGAAGAAAUCAAACGGUCUACAGGCACAUCCAAUCGGGGACCUCGGGGGAACCCUGUUCCGGGAGCACUGGAAAAAAUUGCCAACUUGCGCUACCGCCAUGAAAUGAUUGCCGAGUCCGUGGCACACUUAGAAGGCCGCGUUGCCACAAAUACCGCGGAACUGGAGCAGAUGCGCUCUUCUUAUGAUGAUGAGGAUGACUUUGCUCCUGCAUCUGUAUCACAGCCAGAUGCUCCCGAUGUUACGGAUGAGGAUAUUCAGCAAGAGCUGGCCGAGAUCAGGGAAUUGGAGCGACGGAAGCGAGCUCUGGAGGAGCGAGUCACCGGUAUGGAGCGAGAUCUUGGUGGUCUAAUGGGCUGA